UUGAAAUAAUUUUGUACCUCUGAUGCCGCUGAUAGCGGCCUGAGCGUGAAUAAAGUUCAAUUCAGAUUGUGCAAGGUUAUCACUAUGCUUUUUACAAGCUGUUCCCAGCGCUGUCCCAGAUCUAUAAAAGGGCUUAAGUUGCCCACAUGUUUUGUUCUCAGCAGUGAUCGGGCUACGAAAGCAAACCGACAGCUAUGGAGAAUAUCCUGAAGUUGUUUUGGCUUAUGUUUUCCUAUAAUCAGAUAUGCAUGGCUUUCACGGAUACAAAAGGAAGAACAUUUUCUCUGGCAUUCUUUCCCGAAUACAUCACUCCUGCAACAAGUGAUCUUCGAAACAUUCUGUACUUCUCAUCCACCCUUGACGGUGGUUGUACUGUGAACUACAAUGACGGGACAAGACAUCAGACUAAUGUGCAUGUUAUCGCGGGCGAUGUGGUAAAGCUGGCUUUACCUGACACAACACAGCUCCUAACUGGAACAAGAGUUGAACAUAAGGCCAUUUAUGUCAACUGUUCCACCGAAAUAGCUCUUUAUGGCCACAAUAAAUACGCUCUUGGGAGAGACACCUCAGACGCAUUCACUGUUUUGACAGAUGAAAUGUUGUCAACGGAUUAUCUCGUUGCAAGUGUCGAGAAAACUGCAAACCUUGGCGUUGUGGCCACGCGAGACAAUACUACUAUUUCAGUGACCCUCAAUGCAACAUGUGAUUAUGUAUUCAACAGUGUACGAUAUGGAGAUGGAGAUACAGUCAGUGUUACACUUGGUUAUGGUGACGUAUUUCAGUUAGGUUUAGCAUCUACAGAUGGUAAAUGUGAUUUAGGAGGAACCCGAAUCCAUUCUAAUCAUCAAGUCGCAGUGUUUUCUGGGGCUUUGUAUGUCUGGGAACUUGACCUUGCUGCAGGUCACAUGGUCAGUCAGGUUCCUCCAGAGAAUGCAUUUACGAAAACAGUAAUUGCACCUAAAGUCGAAACUGAUGAACCAGGAGGAAUGACGUUGCGUGUAUUGGCACGUGAGAACAAUACAGUUGUGACUAUAACAAGGGAAGAAGCAAAUGGGACGAUAGUGACUUCGUCUACAUCACUGAAUACAGCAGAGUUUGAAGACAUCAAUUCCGAUUUAAGCGCUGACGUCAUUGUACAGAGCAACAGGCCGAUAAUGUGUAUCCAGAACAUCUAUUUCAGAAGAAGAGGAGGUUCGUCAUUGUUUGUGCCAGGAACGGACCUUUAUGACAACAACUACAUUGUAGAGAGUUUGGAUUUGGAUGGCGUGAGCUCAGAUGGCCCUUUUAUUACUAUCAUGUCAGAGGUGUCAUCAUUUAUGGAUGUUCGUGUAAAUGGCCAGCAACGUGAUGAUAUCAAAUGGACUAAUCUCACCACGGUACCAUACGCUGUUGGCGUACUAAGGAUACAACCCAAACAACCGUAUGUUGUCAACAGUUCAUCACCAAUCCUAGUCAGGCUUCACGAAAGAUUAUACCUGGAGUCAUAUAGCUACAAUGCAGGAUAUCGUCUUCCAUCUUUUCCAAAAAAGCUAACAAAUGCCAUCGAACUCAAAUGCUUAGCAAAGGGCUGGUUUGUGACGCUAAAUGUAGAUGUAUUAUACAACGUUACCCUGUCUCACAUCUACAUGGGGCAGAGCAAGUGUACCGGAACACUUCAUGGGAAUCAACUCAUAUUCAACCAGUCUUACACUGAAUGCCAUACAGAAACAAGUGUUUCCAACGGCAUGGUUAUGUUCAAGAAUAGAGUCAUGUUUGUGGCUCUGUCCCCUGACAAUGUGGUCAGACAUGUCAUCUGGCUGCACAGCAUCAGUUGUUCGGAACCAGUGGAUGGAACAAAUGCUGUCCUCAUUUAUCCAGAUUUCAAUGAAACAGUAACUGGUAGUUCCACUGGACACAUACAAGGUCCCAGCUUCGACAUAUCUCUUUUCAAAGACGCUUCAUAUCAGCAUCUAUUUUCUGGCAACCAUGCCCAAGCUAAGAUCGGAGAGCCAGUGUAUGUUCAGGUCUCCUCAUCCGUUAGUCCCAACACCAUCAUGGUGUUGCGUUCCUGCGACGCCCAAAUCGGCAAUGGGAAAGAAGUACCUCAUCCUCUGAUUGAAAAUGGGUGUGCUGUCGAUGCCCGCACUCAAAUUCUCGUGACGCGUAACUCCGUGACCAGGUUUGAGUUUGAAAUGUUUGACCUGCCUGAAGAACAGGACGGCAUCUACGUCACUUGUCACGUGACAUUCUGUGACCAAAGUGACUUCUCCGACAAGUGUAAGCAGCAGUGUCACACAAGUCCUCACAUCAUUGGCUAACACAUAUUACAUGAGUAGAUGUGUCAAAGUUAAAUAAGUGACUCCAAAACGAUUAAAUGGUACAGUUGUCUGACGUGAUGGGCGAGGCAGGGGUAUGUAAUUGUCUUAUAGUGUAGCUUCAAUACGAUAAUUAAAUACGAUAUUAUUUGGUGGAUAUUAACAUGUGCAUAUGUGAGUCACAUCUGUAUAGAUAAAUCGCGGGAUUUAAUUUGGUUCGUGUUACAUGUGUAUGUUUGUGUUAAUGUAUCAAGACAACUGAUUUCUUGUUUUUUUAAUUAGUUUUACCGUAAUUGUUGAAUAUAUGUAAAGUAUGUAGCUUCAAAACGAUCAUUUGGAAUUUGAUUUGUAUAUUCAAAUAUUUCAUGUUUAUGCUUAUGUCAAAUAUGUGCAGGCGUGGGAUUGUGUAUACGUUUCAUGCGCGAAUGAUUUUAAUGUACAAUUGUAAAUGUACACUUGCUACGUCCUCAGUGGUUAAAGUGUUAUAUUUCAAUAAAUGCUUUGGUCUUUAUUUGUCAAAAGAA